UUCUGAGCCAUAUUGGAACUGUUGGCUACUAGAGUGGAUUAUAAAUAUUUUAAGCACUGGGAACGCAUUCUAGCAGUAAUAAAGUGUUUACUACCUCUUCUAGUCAAUGCUGUCUUCCUCCUACCACCUUUUUGAAGACCAGUCUUUUAUGAUAAUUUAGCUACGAAAUAUUCAUUCAGCAGUUUUAUGCGACUCAAGUUCUUGGCACAAGGAUAUAUUUCUUAAGACCAGCCUAAAUACAGAAAGUCGAAAAUAUGUGAAUCUAUUGCUCAACCAUACGAGAAAUAUUAUAGGAAUCAACACUCAGGUUGCUCUAAAUCUUCAAAUU